UUCCGUUCCAAACUGUAUUGGCUUGAUGGAUCAAACAGCCCGGAGCGCAACGUGCGUGCCCAAUCUCCGAUGACAGCGGCAUUGUUUUCUUUUUUACCGACCGAACACGCACCGAAAACUCCGGACCCGGACAAUUCCACUCCCCCGGAGAGAAAACAUUUCAAACAACCAGCAUUACGUCACGCCAUCUCAGCCGUCACAUCGCUCACAAUGUCAGUGUUGCGCUUAAUCGGUGGUGAAAUCAUAUCUAUUUAUCGUCAAAGUUUGCUUACCAUCGGUACCAGCCAGGCGAGGGCGCUCACGACAACCGGCUUCCUUCGACACGCCGCAAAACCUGAAAGUGAAGCCACAGAGGAAGCAGCCACUGGUGAGGAGCCGGAAGCAGGGGAAGCAGAUGCAAACGCCGCACCCAAACAACCGGUCGAUGAUCCGAAGGACCGCACGAGGGUGAUACCGGUGGAGACGAGCAUCCGCUAUCUGGCCAGCGAAGCUUACCGGCAGACGUACCAGGACGAUCCGGUGUGGAAGCAGUACCGGCGCAAUCACAAAGGACCGUACCCGCCGAAGCUGACGCGCAAAACGUGCAUACGCAAGGGGCGCAUUUCGACCGGCAAUCCGUGCCCGAUCUGCCGCGACGAGUAUCUGGUGCUAGACCACAACAAUAUCGAUCUGCUGAAGCAGUUCAUCUCGCCGCAAACGGGUGAUGUGUUGAGCUAUCGGGUGACGGGCCUGUGCCAGAAGAAACACACCCAGCUGCUGGUGGCGGUCGAGCGGGCUAUGGAUCGCGGAAUGCUUACGUUCGACGUGCCGUUCCGAGAGUACGACUACAGUGAAUACUAUCCGGAGAAGGAAGGCAAGCCUUCCUCCAAGUAGGAAGUGUCCGUGCAACCCCGUCGUGUGUGCUAGUUUAGUUUGUUAAGUGAAGCAUUUUGUUACGAAGAACGUUGUAGCCGAACGAGCGAGCCGUACGAUUGUGUAGUGUGAAUAAUUGAUUUUGUGGUGCUGUAAAGAGACCUGUUUCCAAUCAAACUUUUCUCCGAUUUCUCCGAUUCUCUUGUUGCUGUUGUGUGUCGUGAAUCAUGGCGGAAAAUCUUGCGUACACGUACGUGAUUGUGGGAGGUGGAAUUGCCGGUGUAACUUGUGCUGAAACGUUAGCCCUUCUACGUCCAACCGACUCAAACGACCGAAUUCUACUACUAACAGAGUCACCUCUCGUGAAGGCCGUCACGAAUGUGGUUCCUCUAGGGAAAAUUCUUAACCGUUUCGAUGUAGAAGAGAAGAGCACUGGAGAGCUUGCUGCAGCGAACAACAUCGAUGUGUUGCUCGAUCAAUUGGAUUCGAUCGUUAGUGAGGAUCACCUGGUACGAACAACUGCCGGAAGAUGCAUCAGCUACCGGUACCUUUGUCUUUGCACCGGUGCCAGACCAAACAUCAUCGAUAAGGCAAAGGGAAAUGCGAACGUGAUCGGUAUACGGGACACAGAGUCGGUGGAAGAAUUCCGGAAGCGUAUUCACACGGCCACCCGGCUAGUCGUGGUUGGCAAUGGUGGAAUAGCAUCGGAGUUGGUGUACGAGGUGGACGGGUUGGAGGAAGUUCAUUGGGUUAUUAAAGAUCCGUACAUAAGCUCAACGUUUGUAGAUUCCGGAGCGGCCAGCUUUUUCAGGGAGCGACUUAACACGAAAGCUUCUGUGGAUAAGGAAAAGACCACCUACAAACGAAUGCGCUACACGGAACAGAAUGAGGAAAGCGACUCAGCAGGGGUCACAAAACGAGGGGCAGCACUGGGACCCGACUGGCAUCGUGCUUUUGACAUUGAGAAACACGGAGAAGCAGGUACCCGGAACGCCAACAAGGUUACCAUUCAUCAUUCGGUGGAAGUGGAGGACAUACAGGAAGUUACAUCCGGACUACAGGUUCGACUUACCGAUGGUAGCACUAUUGAGUGUGAUUUUGUAGUGUCCGCCACCGGGGUCGUCCCUGCCACCAGCUGGACCGGGGGUUGCGAUCGUACGUUCAAGCUCGGACCCGAUGGAGGCCUUUUCGUGAACUGGUCGAUGGAGACAUCGAUCGGCGAUGUCUACGCUGCAGGGGAUGUUUGCUACGCAGGAUGGGAACAUGCGCCCCACUGGUUCCAGAUGCGCCUGUGGACCCAGGCACGCCAAAUGGGAGCGAUGGCUGCACGCAGUAUGGCGGCCAAGCGAGCCGGGGAGGAGAUUUAUCAGGAUUUCUGCUUCGAAAUGUUCAACCACGUGACGACCCUGUUCGGUUAUCAGGUGGUUCUUCUGGGGCGCUACAACGGGCAAGGGUUGAACGACAAGUACGAGGUGCUGCUUCGUAUGACGCCCGGGCUUGAGUACAUUAAGUUUGUGCUGGUGGAUGGAAGACUGCAGGGAGCGCUGCUGGUGGGCGAAACGGGGCUGGAGGAAACGUGUGAGAAUUUAAUUCUGAACCAGCUGGAUUUGUCACCGUACGGGGAGGAUCUGCUGGAUCCUAACAUCGAUAUUGAGGAUUAUUUCGAUUGAAACGGUUUGCAGCACGUAAGGGCAAUAGUCGAGCGGGAAGAAUGAUGGAAAUAAAUUUGAUUGGAAGUUAAAAAAAAAA